CCCCUCCGGCUUCCCUGUGCUAUGCCCCUGCUAUAGACGCCACACAACCCUCUUCCCUUCCCCCACUCAACCACCCACCCCGGCCUUCCCUCCCCCUCCAGUAUUCCAACCCCCGAGAGACACAAUACCCCUCAUUGCUACGCACCGUUUUGGUGAAAGCACAAACAAAACCCGCGAACCCGACGUCAUGGUUUAAAACGCCGCGUUUUGGUCCAAUGAAUCUCACUGCCCGCCUCCAAAAGAAGCAGCAGCCUGAAAUCCAAGCUAAAGCAAAGAGAAGAUUGCCAAUGUGCGUUAAUGGCGAAAACCCAGUGGAGUUCGAAACGAUUCGUUCAACUCCCUAUCCCUAUUGAAUGGCAAGGAUUUCAAGACGAGAAUUUUGUCCCUUCAGGAGCUCCAUUUUCGGACAUCUCACUUCUAACCCAUCAAAACCCAAUCUUUCUGUAUCAUCCUCCCCAUUUUGCUCUUCUUCUUCGUUCCAACCAUCUCUUAACCGCCAUAUUUUUUCGCUUCUCGAUGCGUGUAAGAAUUUGAUCCAGAUCACCCAAAUCCAUGCCCAUUUGAUCACGCGGGGUCUUUUCGAUUCGUUUUGGGCCAGAAAGUUGCUUAAGAGCUAUUCUGAUUUCAGAGAUUUCGAUUAUGUAAUAUUGAUCUUCAGGUACAUUGAUUUGCCUGGUACUUUUUGCGUCAAUACGGUAAUUAAAGCCUACUCAGUUAGUUCAGUGCCCGACCAAGCUUUGGUGGUCUAUUUCGAAUGGCUGAGAAAUGGGUUUGCUCCCACUAGCUAUACUUUUGUGCCCCUUGUUGGGUCUUGUGCUAAAAUGGGUUCUGUUGAAUCUGGGAGAAAAUGCCAUGGGCAGGUGGUUAAGCAUGGGCUUGACUCUGUGCUGCAAGUGCAGAACUCUUUGAUUCACAUGUAUUGUAGUAGUGAGAAAGUUGAGCUUGCUAGAAUGAUGUUCGAUGAAAUGUCCGAAAGGGACCUGGUAUCCUGGAAUACAAUUCUCGACGGCUAUGCUAGAUUCGGUGAUUUGGACGUUGCUCAUAAUUUGUUUGAUGAAAUGCCGGAGAGAAAUGUGGUCUCUUGGAAUGUUAUGCUUGGUGGGUAUUGGAAGGGUGGGAAGCUGGGGUGUGCAUUGAAGCUGUUUAGGAAAAUGAUGGGCAUGGAAUUGAAGGGGAACAGCAUUACCAUGGCGAAUAUGCUAGCGGCUUGUGGUCGGUCGGCUAGACUGAAUGAAGGAAGAUCAGUUCAUGGAUAUUUAAUUAGGAAAUUAUUUGAGUUUAACAUAGUUAUCAGCACAGCUUUGAUUGAUAUGUAUUGUAAAUGCAAAAGGGUGGAAGUGGCGUGCAGAGUAUUUGAGAGCAUGGCGAAUAGGAACCUGGUUUGCUGGAAUGCAAUGAUUUUGGGGCAUUGCAUCCAUGGAAAUGCUAAGGAUGGACUUAACCUAUAUAGAGAAAUGGUGGGGAGAAUGAAAUCAAAAGAUGGUGAAACCAUCCCUGCGAAGGGGAGUUCGAGGCCAGAUGAUGAUGGAGGAGGAAUUAUCCCAGAUGAAAUUACAUUCAUAGGUGUUCUUUGCGCGUGUGCCCGUGCUGGACUUGUAAGAGAAGCUGCAGAUUACUUCAGCCAAAUGAUUAAUGUAUUCUGCGUAAAGCCCAAGUUUGCACACUAUUGGUGCAUGGCUAAUGCUUUUGCUGGUGCGGGGCUUAUCCAGGAGGCAGAGGAAAUAAUUAAGAACAUGCCAGAGAUUGCUGAGGACUUGUCAUCGGAAUCCUUGGCAUGGGCUAAUUUGCUUGCUUCAUGUCGUUUUCAAGGAGGUAUCACAAUGGGAGAAAGAAUUGCAAGGUCCCUCAUUGACAAGGAACCUGAAAACAUUGCUUACUAUCGCUUGCUGCUGAAUGUCUAUGCUGUGGCAUGUCGAUGGGAGGAUGUUGCUCGGGUGAAAGAGAUGAUGAAAGAAAAAAAGGUUGGAAGAAUGCCUGGAUGCAAUCUUGUGGAGUUGAAUGAAAUUGUCCAUAAUUUCAGAGUUGGUCGACAUUGGCAAGAGAAUUGUGCAUUAUGAUGAAUGAAGUGGCUAAGAAGUUGAGCUUGUUUAAUAUUGAGUUUUAACAGCAAUGACUACAGAGACAAGCGAAUAAGAUGGUGAAUGCUCGGCACGGCCUGAGCCAAAGCAGCCGUGUGAUCCUUCCUUCUAACGAGAUGGGGAAUGCUCAAAUGAAAAUUGUGUUUCUGUAAGAGAGGUAUCAAUGAAUGCCCCAGACAAGAAAAAACAAACGUUAAUCAAUGGAUUCUUCUUUUGGGUACAGGGAUAUUAAGUGAUUUUGUAUUUGUAAUGAAAGCGUUGCUUUCAAUCAUUUUCUUCUUUUUCGGGUCUCUAGUCAAAUAUUAUUUUGGUUAAAAGUGUAGUGUGGUCCUCUUUUCCUUUUAGGUUAGAUUCUUUGUUCCUUAUUUCUAUGGGGUUGACAUUAUCUUACAAAAGCUACAGAAUGUUUUUCAAACUUUUUGUGGCAUGCUGUGUCUUUCAUCAAGUCACUGGUUUUGAUAAGUUCCCAAAAAUCCAUGGACAGUUGCGCUCUAAUGAAAAUCUCCCUUUUCAGCUAGAGAAA